AUGGCAGCCGGCCGGCUGGAGGCGCAGGACCACCCGCCCGAGAACGGCUUCACCCCGCUAGAGCACCCGGUGCCCCGGCUGCUGCCGCACAUCGACGGCUCGGUGCUACCGUCCCUGGGGGGCUUCGGGAAGCAUCAGAAGCAGCUCGUGGUCCUGACCUGGAUCCCGGCAUUGUUCAUCGGCUUUAGCCAGUUUUCGGAUUAUUUCCUCCUGGCUCAGCCCCAUGGCACGUGCUUGCAACCCCUCACCAACGAGACCAACUGGACCGCGGGACCCCCGCCGGUCACCGUUCCCGGUGGCGCGCCCGCGUGGCAACUCAAAGGCAACGGCACCGGGGGGGGACUGGGCGACAGCAACGGUAUGCUGUGCGCGUGCAAGGAGUGGAGGCUCGAGCUGCAGACGGGACUUAGUCAGAAUGUGGUUACCAAGUGGAACCUGGUGUGUGACUCAGCCUGGAAGGUGCACAUUGCCAAGUUCUCUUUGCUGGUGGGCUCCAUAUUUGGCUACCUAGUGAUGGGUGUCAUGGCUGACUGGUUUGGUCGACACCCGGUGUUGAUUAUCUCGGUGCUUUUCAUGCUGGGGUUUGGUGUGAGUGUUGCCUUCUCUGUAAACGUCACCAUGUUCAGCACCUUGCGCUUCUUUGAGGGUUUCUGCUUGGCGGGCCUCGCUCUCUCCCUCUACGUGCUCAGAAUCGAGCUUUGUUUGCCAGCCUGGCGCUUCUCCAUGACCAUGGUGGCCAGUUUUCUGAUGGUGGCCGGGCAACUACUGAUGCCAGGGGUGGCUGCUCUGUGCCGCAAUUGGCCGGAUCGGGAUGACUGGCAGGUCCUGCAGAUUGUCAUAAUCAGCCCCUUCGUUCUGAUGCUGCCCUAUGUCUGGAUUUUCCCUGAGUCGUUGCGCUGGUUGCUGGCCACCCAGCACUACAAGAGGUCCAAAGUCAUGAUGCUGCGCAUCGCCAGGAAGAACGAGGUUAACUUGACAACUGAGCCCAGUGGAGUUUUUACAGAGCUGGAGCAGGAGCUGCACAAGAAGCCCCAGAGGACCUGCAUUGUCAAGAUGAUGAGCACCAGGAACCUGUGGAAAAACAUUGUGGUGCUGUGUGUCAACUCGCUGACAGGUUAUGGGAUUCACCACUGCUUCGCCCGCAGUAUGAUGGACCCGGAGGCCCAGCCAAUUGCUCUGUGCCAUGCGGACUACUACACUAUGGCUGGCAUCGCCGUGGCAACCUGCCUGGCUGUUUGCCCCGCGGUGGGAUUGAUGGGUCGGCGUGGAGGGCUGCUCACCUUCAUGAUCAUAACAGCCCUGGCAUCGCUACUGCAGCUGGGAUUACUCAACCUAUUUGGGAAGUACGGCCUUCGCCACGACACAGUUCUGCGCGAUACCCUGAACAGGAAAUUCUCUGUGGCUUUCUCCAUCAUCGGCAUGUUCUCCUCUCAUGCAGUCAGCACACUCAGCAUAUUCUUUUGUGCUGAAAUUACUCCUACUGUCAUCAGGGGUGGAGGACUUGGCCUGGUCCUGGCCAGCGCCGGCUUCGGCAUGCUCACUGCGCCCAUCAUGGAGCUCCACAACCAGAAAGGCUACUUCCUGCACCACGUAAUCUUUGCUUGCUGCACCCUGCUGUGCAUCAUCUGCCUGCUGCUGCUGCCCGAGCCCCGGGGCCAGCCCCUGCCGGAGAGCAUGGCGGACGGAGAGACCUUCACCCGUCAGACGCUGCUCCACCCAGGGGAGCAGCACCUGCUUCUCGCCAAGACUGACGGGGACUACUCCCGAGUCCACGACACGCCGCUACACCUCACGACCACUGGGGGCGCUACGGUGGCAGCAGCAACCGCUCUGGCAGCGGUUCCUGCCUCCUACGCCCUGGCCACUGGAGGGGAGGUGAUUGGAAAUCAUGCCAUAGCCAAUGGAGUGUGAGCAAUAGCAAUUGUUGAAUACUAUUGCUCAAGCAUUAACUUGAACUGGAACAUUUUCAAGGGAGAAAAUAACUUUUCGAAUGAACCAGAUGAACUCUUUAAUGCUGAGAUUUGAGACGGUGACGAUAAUACAUUUGUGUAGUUUGUAGUGAAUAUGAUUCAUUCAGGAGUUGCCAAAAAUAUUGUACUGGACGAAGUUUACCUGAAGUCAGUGUGUGUUUGAUAAUAUGAAAGUCUUCAGUGGUGAUUUGUCUUGCUCUGUGGUCCGCUUUGUCGAGAAUGAUUUACAGGUGAAAGGAGCAGACGCAGGCAAGUGAGAAGGGCAAAGUGGAGCAGACUAUCUUUCAAUAACGUGUGCUCUGUGACUUUUCUGUUUGACGUUUUGACUCGUUGAGAGAGGAUCUCACUGCAUCUUAUAAUUCUUUAUAAGUUAUUUUUGCACUAAAUGUCAGAGACACAAUCAAGUGUAAGGGAUUUUCGGCCAACAUGUUGGCGAGUGGAGACCCAGGGAUUGGCUAAACCACUACCACUGUUUUCUUUGCAUGAAAGGGCACAAAUUGUUUUACAUGUAUUGUUCUUCUUAUUUGUGGUCCCUUUGCUAGAAGUCCAACGUGGCACUUUAUCCUCAGAGAUGAGGUCAGUGUGGGCACUGAUUUUUUAAACAGAGCAUUACUGUUUCUGGUGUGGGUGUAUGAUGGUUUUCUCUUGUGCGGGGAACAGCCGGAGACCUCUGCAGAAUGUAAGUGUAGCCUGUAGCGACUGCUGAACAAAUCUGAGAGUUGAACGGACAUAAGUGUGCACAUGUCUUAUGACGCAUUUCAGCAUUUUAAUGGCUUUAUGAUGGCUCUGUUGUUUUUAACUAAACAGAGAAUGUAUUUCAAGAAAACCAGUAUUUAUUUUUGUCAUGCUGCCAUGGGCAAUUUUGUUGCUUGAAAUACCUCCUUAACUAGCAAAUAUAUUUCCACUCCAACUCACUCCUUGUUCUCUGUACCGUGGUAAUGUUGUACUCCUGCUCCUAGGAUGUUUUACUCUAGCCAGAAAGCACAAUGUUUUACAGUUUUUUGAAGUAAACGUUUGUGAAGAUUAGAUUAGAGCAGUGUGUUCUGCACAGUCCUGGCCUAGUUGUUAUUAGUGUACAUUUAUACACUUUACUACGUAAGUAUCCCUUAAGCCUGCAUUAAAAUGUAAGGUAUGUAUACAUGUACCAUUCAUUCAUAAUGUGUGGACCAUCGACUUUUAUAGGAUAUAAGCACAUUGAAUAGAUACACCAUUUCUUUCAUCCAAAUAUACGUGAAUCUUACAUUUUUUUAAAUCACAUUUAGUGCUCAGUACGUAUUUUGAACACCCUGUAUGGUUUGCUAGAUUGUAUGUUUUCGACAGUUAAACACUCGGAGAAAAAAAAAUAACUCAACUACUAAUGUCGUUUUCUAAGUGUUAUUUUUUUAAUAUGAUGCAUUUGUACAAAAAGCCAUAGGCCUACAUGUUUUGAUAAUAAACCACUUAAUUUAUUAUGUCAAUAAAAGAACACUUGAUGUGA